AUGUACUGGCACACACUGACGCUACGGUGGUGGCCGCCCUCUCCGCCCUGGCAACGGGGCGCCCACGCCUUCUCCUUCGGGCGCCUCUUCCCCGCCUCCCGGAGUGGCAUCCGAGGGGCGCUCAUCAGAGGAUCCGGCGGCCAGAAGACGCCCUCGAACAUCCUGAAGGAGCGCGGUGAAGGAGGCGACGAAGACGACGACGGCGAAGGUAGGAUACAGGCUACGCCCGUUCCUCCCGCGACCAAGAAGCCUUCUCUGCUCUCCUUCCUGCAGAAGCCCCUGGUCACGGCCGCCCCUCAGAAACUGUCUCAACCCGUGACCAACUCUCCCAUCUUCUACAUCCGCCUGCCUCCGAAUCCCUACGUGUACGUCCCCGGCCUCGGCUACGUCUCCCCGAACAGCAACUCGUACAACUUCGUCCGCCCCGACGUCGAUUUCGUCAACAACGGCAAACCGUCGAGUAUCUACCACUUCAAACCCUCUCCGGCCACUCCCACGACCACUCCUGCUCCUACCACUACCACUACGACUACGACCACGACUCCAGCUCCGACGACGACCACGGCCCCCGCGAAGCCCGUACGACCUCUGCCGACGAAAAAGCCGAGUCCGAUUACGUGGCUGGCCGGUCCCUGGUUCUUCAAUGGCCGUCCCUCCAACAUGUUCAUCUUCAACUCCCCUCACAACCCGGGCCACUUCGACAAGCUACACCAGACCUACAGCAAGCCAGGUGUCUACACCAAAUAAGUAGAUCCGAUAGGUAGAUUAGAUGAUGAAUUAAAAGGGGAAAAGAUAAGCGUAGGUAGAUUUGUGAUACCUGCAAUUUUUUUUUUUUUCGAAAAGGAGCUGUGGUAUUUCUUCCUUUGGUCUUGUGGAUAUAUUUUUUUUCUUUAUAUACUCAAAGUGCGUUUAGUGUCUUAUUUAAGGGGUAGCUUAGGUGUAGAGUCCGUUUAAAGGGUCAAAUUGCUUUUGUUUUUCGUUAAUUCAUUUUUUGAACGUUUCUUUGUUCAAAAUUCUGGGAUUAAUUUAGGUAGUUGCAGCAAUGCCACGGAAAGAAGUGUCUGGCAACACACGAUUUGGUGAUCUAAUAUACAUAUAAUAUAUAUAGCUAUUGUUUUAUAUAUAUCAUAUAUGAAUUAUAUACUAUAUAUGAAUAUAGAACACACGCA